AUGGCGGCAGCGGUGCACAGAAAGGAAGAGAGAGACUAUGGAGGCGACAGUGCCCCUUGCGCUUUCAAUGUCGAUAAUCAGACUUUGACCAUUGAGACUCUAACUGGAACCAAUUUUAAGAGAUGGAAAGAAGAUAUUGAAAUUCAAUUGGGUUUAAUGGAUCUCGACAUAGCCUUACAUGAGAAUGAGCCUCCUAAGCCAACUGCGAGGAGUUCCAUUGAAGAGAAAGCUAGGUAUGAAAAAUGGGGAAGGGCGAAUCGUUUAAGUUUGAUGAUAAUGAAAAGGUCUAUUUCCCAUACUCUCAUUGGCGCCAUAUCUAAGACAGAAAAUGCUAAGAAAUUCUUUGAUGAUAUAGCUGAAAAAUACAAAUCGUCUGAAAAAGAAGAUGCUGGAGAACUUAUAGAUAAGUUGACAGGAAUGAAGUAUGAUGGGGUGGGUGGUGUUAGAGAAUAUAUUAUGAAGAUGGUUGAUAUAACUACUAGACUGACCGAGCUUGAGAUCCCCAUUACUGAGUCAUUCCUUGUUCAUCAUGCUCUUAAUUCCUUGCCUUCACAGUUUGACCAAUUGAAGACUUCUUAUAACACUCAGAAGGAUAAGUGGAAUACCAAUGAGCUAAUCUCUAUUUGUGACCAAGAAGAAAAGAGGAUCCUUAGGGGUUCUGGUGGUAAUGUGAAUUUUGUGAGUCAGCCAAACAUGAGAGGGCAUUCCUCGAGCCACAAUUAUCGCAGAAAUAACAAAGGUGGCAACAAGAUCAAAAAUUAG